UUUAAUCUAAUCUGCAAAAAGCCUCAGCCGUUGAUUCUAUUUAACGAACUUCUCUUUCUCCUUCUCUCAGAUCUCAUUUCUCGAGAAAAAUAGCUUUUUUUUUCUCUCCGUCGUCUUCUACCGGAGAGAAAACACCGCCGCCGCCACUGACUACGGUUUAUUAGGAUCAAGCUCAAACCUUGAAACCAAACCGUUAAGAUCCAAAUCGUGUUACUUGAUUGUGGGUUUCAGGUGGAUUGUGUUUGACAUGGAUUAGGAAAGAAAAAGGAGGAAUCUUUAUCUUCUCCAGAUUGUUUUGGAUUUUGGGUAUACUUUCCAUAUCUCUGCUGUGGUGGAUCUGUGUUAUGGAUACGACUCGUGGAGAGGCUAAAGAGGCCAACGGAUUUGAGAAUCAUAAGGCUAUUGUUGAGGAGGAGGAAGAAGAAAGUGAGUCACAGUGUUUGUUGCCUCCUCCUAGGAAAGGAGGGAUGUCUAGGAGUACUGAUAAGGUUAAGAGGACUGUGCAGUGGACUGAUAACAAAGGAGACAAUCUUGCUGAGGUUUUGGUUUAUGAACCAAGUGAAGUAAGCGAUUCAGAUGACGAUGAUUCAGAUGCUUGCAUCUGCACCAUUAUGUAAUCCUCAAAACCUGCAUUCAAUCACCACUAACAUGGAGUUUUUAACAAUGAGCUCGUCCUUGUAUCUGGCUUCUUUUCAGCAACCAGUAUUUGUGAGAGGAUAAGCGAGUGGACAUUACAAUCAUGAAGUUUCAGAUUCUUUUUGCUCAGGACUUCUGACAAGAAGCCAGUCCAAAAGAGGGAUUGUCACAUAUAAGUUACAGGAGUGAGAGAGUAUAUAGAUUAUAGAUUACUGCUGUAUUGAUCAAUAGAGGCUGAUCUUUUGAGUGUUGUUUGAUUCUGACAGGUUUUGAUUGUAAACUAUGUCUUUCUGCAACAUACAGGCUAAUUAAAUUGUAAAGCAAAUACAGCAAUUUUAGUUGUUUUCCCAAAGAUGAA